AUGAAUACUCAAACACAGUUUCAUUUCAAACAAUCGUGUUUAACAAUUCUCUUGCUUAUACUAUUAAUAGUUAAUUCAAUUAUGUGUUAUGUGACAACUGAUCACAAUGAUUUAUUACUCAAUUGGCUUGCCAAUGAAGACGAAGAUUAUAUCAUGAGAACACCACUUCACGCGUUGUCAUUCUCAUCACCAUGGAGUUAUUCUCGUCAACAUCAACAACCUAUAGAUAAUUUACCCAAACGAAAUGGACCAUAUACACAACGUUUAGGGAAAUAA